GACGACGCCGACGCGUUUCGGGCGAUUCGAGGUUCUGCGGAGGCUCACAGUGCGGCCAACAAUACUAAGACGAGGACGUUGCGCGGAUGCGGGGAGAGUAGACGCGAACGCGAAGUUCUAUUUUCAAACGGGGCCACCUAAAGUGAGAUUUUCACAGCCGGAAGUAUAAAAUGGAAACGAUUGUUUGACUCUUAAGUGUUAAAUUUUGAAGAAUAAGACAAAGUUAAUGUCGAAGCGGUGAGAAAAACCAUUUAAAACGAAGUGAUUAUGGAAAGGGAAAAAACGUGAUGAUCCCGGGGGAUGGCGGUGUGGCCCGUGUUAUUGUUAGUGGCGGCUUUGGCCGUCGGGGCCCCAGAUUGGACGGAUUGUCCAACACCGUGCCGCUGCAAAUGGUCCUCCGGGAAAAAGACAGCUUUUUGUAAAGGAGGUGCAUUCAAAUCAGUUCCAGAUAAUCUUGACGCUGAGAUGCAAGUGUUAGAUCUUUCAUUUAACUCAAUAUCCAAGUUAACCCCAGAUAUUUUCAAAAACGCCGGAUUAAUUAACUUACAAAAAAUUUUUAUACGAGAAAGUGGAUUGAAAGAGAUCAAUCGAGAUGCUUUUCAAGAUUUGAUCAUUUUAAUUGAAGUCGAUUUGAGUAAUAACGAUAUAUCAAACUUGGAACCGGGUACUUUUCAUGGAAAUCAAAGAUUACGGGUGUUAGUAUUGAACGGUAACCCCAUAACGAAGCUUAUAUCAAAACAAUUUCCUUCGUUACCCCACUUAAAAAGUUUAGAAUUGGAAGGUUGUCAAUUGGAAAUUGUCGAUAGAAACGCGUUUGUUAAUCUUCACGCUUUGGAAUCGUUGAAUUUAAAAGGAAAUAAAUUGCGGAAUAUAUCAGAAGAGGUUUUUAUGAAUGUGGCUCAUUUAAAAACAUUAACUUUAGAUGGGAAUCCGUGGAGGUGCGAUUGCGAUUUGAGAGGAUUUCGAGAUUGGUACCUCGCGAGUAAUUUGCGGUCGAUGUCUUUGGUGUGCGCGGAACCGGAACGUUAUCGUAGUGAACUGUGGGAAAAUGUGCAAUCAGUUGAUUUUGCGUGCCCACCAAAAGUUUUCGUAACCCCUUAUCCCCAAGUGCAAGCGGAAGCUGGAGGUAACGUAACUUUCAGUUGCCAUGUUAUUGGGGAUCCAGAACCACAAGUAACGUGGAUGUACGAAGGAAGACCAAUGAAUCACACUUCGGUUAUUGUUGAAGCUGAGGAAGGUUUAUUGGAUAAAUGGGCUAAUAUUAGUGUAUCAAAUGUGAGUGAUAUAGACGCGGGAUUAUAUAGUUGUGUUGCAACGAACUCGUUGGAAACGGUUAGCGGAAACGUUUCUUUGGUGUUACCUGAAAUAGUAACAGCAACUACGUUAAGUAAAUCCGAAACGAGAGUGAUGUGGUGGAUCGUUGCUUGUGGCGGCGGCGUUGUAAUCAUUUUGAUUCUAAUAAUAGCAUCAGCAGCCGUUUGCAUAAGCACUAAAAACCGUACCCGAAGGAGAAACAUGAAAGCGAGCGUUAGUUUCACAGAACAAGAAAAAAAACUUCUCGAUGUUAGUAUUGCUACGACUACUGACAGGGGUACCGGAAGUUGCGAAGCUCUCGGUCCCGACCUAGAACUGAUAGAGCCUCCGGUUCACAUCACCAUUGAAAGCGAACCACUUCCUCUCGCAGUAUUUCCGCCUCCACCCGAAUUCUCCACCAGCGCUUUACCUGCUGGUGCUUUCGGGAAUAUUUUCAUAUCGGUUUCCGUUACCAGAGAUCCGAAUAUGGUGGAUACAUCAAGAUGUCCGGAUCUUUUAGAUCUACCCCAUCGGACGAAUAAACCGGUUUAUCACGGUAUGGCUACGUUGCCGAGAAGGCCAUGUCAAGGACCACAUUAUGAUAAUAUGGGCCCUAGAGUUACGGCUGGGGGCAGUUCGACUUUGUCACUUCCGGAUUCUACACUGGACGUACCUCCUCCACCUUUACCACCAACCUGUCAACCGCUCACCCCCGAAUUCGUCUCUCUUUAAAGGUACCUUUGGACCGAGCAUAAUUUUUAUUAUCAAUAUUAAUUUAAAACAUUUCUUUUUUAAACUUUAAAUUUACUUUGAAUGCUUAAAUUGUUAUUGAAUUCGAUUUGUUUAUGAAUUAUUGGUAAUUAAAUGAUUUUGUUAUAAUUUAAUGUGGCUAAUCUCACAUUAUUAACAUAACUACAGGGUGGUUCAAAUUCGAUUUCCGAAUAGGCUAUCUCGGAAACUAUAAGAGUUAGAAAAAAAGUAGC